CACUGCGUUCCUUCCGUUUGAAACAGCUGAAAGACACUUUAGCAGUGUAGGUAGUUAUGAACGUUAAAGAACAAACUCAACAUGUGUUAGAAACGUACGGUGUUACACAUCGGAGAAUUUAUCACAUUAAACACUCAGAAGGUAAACUGGAAACUAAGGAAGAAAACCUGCACCGGCAGUCAUUAACAAGUUUCUUUUUUAAUGCUUUCUUGCCUCAUGGAUAUCCAGAUAGUGUUAGCGAAGAUUAUGUAAAGUAUCAAAUUUGGGAUAGCGUACAAGCAUUUGCUAGCAGUAUAACUGGAAGCAUUUGUACUCAUGCUGUUUUAAAAGGGGUUGGUGUUGGUGAUGAAAAUGCAUCUGCUAUUGCUGCUACUGUUACAUGGUUGUUGAAAGAUGGAGUAUCUAUGGUUGGUCGUAUAACGUUUGCGUGGUUUCAAGGGACCAAUUUGGAUAGUGAUUGUAAAAAAUGGAGGCUGUUUGCUGAUGGUUUAAAUGACCUUGCAAUGUUUAUAGAUUUAGCUUCAGUUCAUUUUCAAAAACAUUUUAUGCUCAUGAUAUGCGUGUCUGGACUUAUGAAGUCCAUAGUUGGAGUUGCUGGUGGAUGUACUAGAGCUGCAUUAACGCAGCAUCAAGCCAGAAAAAAUAAUAUGGCAGAUGUGUCUGCUAAAGAUGGUAGCCAGGAGACUCUAGUGAAUCUUUUUGCACUGCUUGUCAGCUUGAUCAUUCUUCCAUUUGUUACUCAAAGCAUGGUGUUAACAUGGAUUGUAUAUGUAUUGAUGGCUUCUAUUCAUUUAAUAGCAAAUUAUUGUGCUGUUACUUCGGUUGUUAUGGAAACAUUUAAUGAAUCUCGAUUUCAUAUAUAUACUAAUCAUUAUAUGAAUGAAGGAUUACAAAACAGGAAAUUCUUGACUGUAACUGAAGUAAAUCAAAAAGAAAAUUUAUUUUAUAUGAGUUUUUUCGAUAAUUUUCAGAUUAAAGCAGGAUCUUCAUUUAAGAAUAUUAUUAGAAGAAGGCGAUGUGAAGAAGUGAAGCAGUUUUUAAAGAUAUAUGAAAACUGUGAUUAUUUGUUGAGAGUUUCAAGAAUAACAUCUUCAAAAACUAUCAUCUACAUUACAUUUAGUCCAAAAGCUACAGCACUAACUCAAAUUGAAGCAUUUUACCAAGCUUGUUUUGUCAAAUCUCUGUUACAUCAUCCUCAUUUGCCUGUGAUAAGGAAUCUGAACCACAUCUUGAAGCUGCAUCAAGAGAAUAUGUAUCUAGAACACUGAAUGACUUUUUAAAAAGCUUGGAAGUAAUGAAUUUUAACAUAAGUACUGUGACAUUUAAUGCUGAUUCGUGGAGAGCUGAAUGGUAGUAUGUCAUAACAUACUCAUUUCUAAGCAAUGGAAAUAAUAAUAAUUUAUUUGAAUUGAAAAAAAAAAUUGAAAAUAGUUUCAUAUAUUAAAUAUAAAGAGUUUGUAUUAUUUCCUUUGCAAAUUUUUAAAAUAUAUUUGUUUGAUAUUAUAAUAUAUAUAUAUGUUUGAUUAUAUAUUGUAUGCAUUCUGACGGAUAAUACUAUUCAAUAAUGUUUUAUUAAAAAGCUGAUGUGUAUAAUUUUUUUAAAAAAUGAAGUCAAUCAUCUGAAUAUUUUCACAAUAUAAAAUUGUAACUUUCUCAUUUAUACAGAACAGGAUCAAUAUUGGCCAUACUAAAUAUAAAAAAAAAGGCAUUAUUAGACAAAUUUUGCAUAAUUUAUUAUUUUGUUGAAAAUUUUUAUAUUACACAUGAAUUAAAGUUCUUUUUUUCUUGUUCUUUUGCUUUAAAUUUAUUAUAUUUAAACUAAAAUUUGUCUGCUACCAAUACAUAAAUAAGACAAACUACAUUAUGAAUAUUAUUUCUAAAAAUAUAUUCAAUAAAAUAAUAUAUCUAUAAAAUAAAAUAUAUAGUAAUGGUAGUAUUUACAUGCUAUUUCUUCUUAAAUUUUAGAAUAUUUCAUACAUUAGCCAU